AUGAAUCCGUUGAACCUAGCCUCCUCAAGCGCACCUCCUCCCGUUGCUAGUGAUCUCUUGGCGAAGAGAAAGAGAGGUCGUCCGCGGAAAGAUGAAACCUUUGCUACUCAACAAGAAACUCUUCAAGUGACUCCAAAACCGGUGGACGUGAACUUGGUCGGUCAGAUGGUUUCUGGUGUGGUCGAAGGAUCUUUCGACGCAGGGUAUCUCCUCAACGUCAAGGUUAACGACAGUGACAUCAAACUGAGAGGUGUCGUGUUCGUGCCUGGGAAAGUCACUCCGAUAACUCCAGAGAACGACUUGGCUCCUACUGUCAAAAUGUUCGGAAGAGACGAAGAAACCAAGAACCAAACUGAUGAUGUUCAUCAAUCUGCUCCUCCUCCUCCUAAUGAUCAACCAAUGGAAGAUGCUGCUGUCACCGACAUGGACAUUUCUGAAUCUGCUCGAGCUUUGACUUUGUUGUCACAGGAGAGUAAUGGCAAAGAACUUGCGGCUCAAGCAAAGGAGAAGGAGAAAGAAGGAGAAGCUGCGACUCGUCUGGUGGAGUUUUUUCCAACUCCAGAGACGACGGUGGUGACUGAUCCACCGAGUCUUGUCUUGUCGGCACAGAAAGAGACUACAGAGCCACAGAAACCUUCCGGUGAGACUAGUGGGUUUGGUCUUAUGGUGGAGAAAGAGAAAGUGCCGGAGGAGCUUCAGUUAGAGCUUGGGAACAAGACUGUAAUGAGUGGAGAAGGUAGUAACAACAAUGGCAUCGGUAUGGAGAUAGAUCCUAAACCCUCUGCUUCGAAGAGUGGCUUUAUUGCCAAUUUGUUUGAAGGAGAAGGCAAGAAGAAGGCAGAUUGUGACAUGGAAGUAGAAGAAGCUACUCCAUCAGUGCCCUAG